AUGCCGAUUAGUGAACUGGAGAAGAAAUGGACUGGAAUGGACUUUAACAUAGCCGCUGAAGAGAUGCGUCGAUUGAAGAAAAUGCCGACCGAUGAGGAAAGACUUCAACUAUAUGGAAUGUACAAGCAAUCUAUUCAUGGUGAUAUUCCACCAGAAGAGAUUUAUGAGAGACCAACAGAAGAUGAAAUUGCGGUAAGGAAGUACAAUGCAUGGGCUGUUAGAAAAGGUCAAAGCAAGGAGGCCGCACGUGCAGAUUAUGUGCGUUUCGCCGAAGAGAUGAUUCGUCGUUAUCAUAGAACGAUCAUCAGAUGCAAAUGGAACAGCGAAGUGUGGACGGUGGACUACUAA